AUGACUCGAGGCGGCCCUCACAGUCCGUUCCCGUCCUCUCUAAAUAACGAGUGCAAAAAAGCUCGCGACAUCCUUGAUUCCUUCAUCAAUCCGAGUAUUGCCAAUAGUACAAAUACGAAAAUUGUCCGAAAAGCUCAGGGCCUCGCUAUAUUUUCGACGUUCAAAGUAGGAUUUAUGGGCUCUAUAAGAAUCGGCUCAGGAAUCCUUGUCGCACGACUUGAUGACGGCAGCUGGAGUGCUCCAUCAGCUGUUGGCACCGGUGGGCUGGGCUUUGGCGGUCAAGUUGGUGUCGAAUUUGCAAAUUUCAUCUUCGUCUUGCCUGACAAAUCCUCAGUGAGGGCAUUCGCCCAAUUGGGAACAUUGACAUUGGCCACCAAUAUAUCCAUGGCUAUAGGACCAAUAGGCAGAUGCGGCGAGGCUGGUAUUGGUAUAAGCUCCAAGGGAUUCGGGACAAUGUUCUCCAUGUCCAAAACAAAUGGAUUUUUCGGAGGACUCAGUCUCGAAGGAGGCACGCUAGUUGAAAGCAGAGCUGCCAAUCGGAAGUUCUAUCAAAGAGACGUCACUGCUGCUCAGCUUCUAAGUGGAGAAAUCGCUCCGCCAGCUGAUGCUGAGCCCUUGAUGCAGUUUUUGGCCUCGGAGGCAUUUUACCCUCUUCAAGACCGCGUAUCUGAUCCUGAGCAGCCGCCUCAGGCUCAUGUUGACACAACGUCAGAGCUUCCUGCCGGAGCCACGAACCAACCUCCUGCUGAGGUUUUGACCCCAGGGGCUCCGCGACAAGCGCCGGCCGAGGAGUAUACUGAGUCUCCUUCUAUACCAGCAGAGUUACCAGUAGGCCAUCCCAUUGAGCCAGUAACGGGGAGCCAAGAAACGCAAACAUCAAUAUUAGAGAGAGAAAUACCACCACAAGAACCACCGACACAGGAAAAAUAG